UUUCAGAGUUAUAACACAUUUUUAUACAUAUGUAGAUACGUGAUUUAGAGUAAAUCUAGAGAAAAUUAUGUAACUUUGCGUCUUAAAAGUAUACAUUCAAUAAGAAUUCAAUAAGAUGGGUAACAAAGAAAUCGAUACAAUUUUAAAAUUGACUAGAUAUUAUUAAUUUUUGUCUCUUAUAGGCUUAAUAUAUCUAUUGACGAUUUAGGCCUUUCACAAAAACAAUAUAGUGGUUUUGAAAUAAAUAAUUAUUCAUACUGCUUAAUAUUUACUACUUAAAAUACAUACAUAUUUGUUGUAUUAUAUAGAUUAAUAAUUAUCCUUAGGGCCCUAGCAUCAGAACAACAUCGAAUCAUUAUUUAGAUUCUUUGGACUAUUUUUCAUUGCCGGAUAAUAUCAUAAACAAUUUUAAAGAAUUAUACAAAGAUCAAUUGAGUGACGAGAAAGUAAUGACAAUAAGUGAAUUUCGUGAUGUUAUUAGGUAUAAGCUUUGCUAUAAUCCAUAUAAAUUCGGUAAUAUAAUUGAAGAAGCUAAUAUUAUAGAUGAUAAAGUUACUGAAAGUCAAUUUUUAAUUAUGAUUCAGAAAAUAACACAACAAAUUGAUGAUACAUUGUAUGAUAAUAUGAGUAAACUUGCUAUACCUGAUAACUCAAAAAUGAUUACAACACAAGGACUAAAACUUGCUAUGGAACUUACUAAUAUUUCGAAUGUUAGGGACUACGACAAAGUAGGAGAAUUAUUGGCUAAAGGAAAUAUUAUAGACGAUAGUGUAGUGAACUAUGAAGAAUUUAUGAUUUAUGUGAUUAUGAAUUAUGAUACUCCUGAAUCAUGCCUGGAAAAUAAUUAUUAUGGUCCUUUAUAUCCAAUCAAAUGUAAACAUUUUAGUUAAUAAUUUCUAAAAAUUUACCAUAAUAAAUUAUAUGUAUAUAUUUUUUAAUGCUUCGAUAAUGCAUUUUACAUUGUAAUAAGUCAUCAUUUUAGUAAUCGUUUGUCUUGUUUUAUUGUAUAAUAUACAAAACUACGGUUGUCGUGUAUUUACUAUAGAACUUGAAUACAUGUCGUCAACAUGUUAAUUUAUUUAAACUCUAUAAUUAAAUUAAAUGUCUAAGUUAUACUCAUAAAAUUAUGAUGAUCA